AUGCUUGUGCCCGGAGCGCCCCGCCAUCUGAGCCAAGAUCUCAUCACGGAGCAGGACGUCUCCAGGGCGGCGGAGCUAGAGCACCCAGAAGUGAACAGCAGGCGACCCGGAAGGCUUGGAGUCCGAUCCAAUCCAGCCGAAACGGGACUCCGCUCGUAUCUUACAAAAAUCUCUUUUCUUGGACUGGUUCAGGCUAAAGGCUGCUGCUUAAGAGAACUUCUGUGCGGGAUUUUUACUGAGGGCCUGUACCCCAGGAGGAUGGCUGAACCUCGCUUUAACAGUCCAUACUUCUGGCCUCCACCUCCUGCAGUUCAUGGACAGCUGGAUAACCUAGUCUUGAUUAAUAAAAUCAAGGAGCAGCUGAUGGCAGAGAAGUCUCGUCCUGCUCACCUGCCUCCCACCUCUGAAGCGUCGCAGAGCCCUCUCCUGACUCCGCCCCCUCCGGUCGAUGCCACGUCCAAGAGCCAGACGCUGCCCCCCGGACUAUCAGGCCUCGCCCCAAACCAGCCCGACACCGCCUUGCACGCCCGGCCCAGCUCUGUCACAGGCCGAAUUCUUGGAGAUGUGAAUUUAAACCUGGAUGAUAAAUCGGCCAUCAAAGCCAGAGGAUUAUGGGAGGACUGGCAUUUGAGACAACUCAUCGACCACCCUUCAAGGACCAACCACGUCUCAGGUGUGGCUCUAGCGUCUCGAACAGGCAACCUCAACACCUCUGACAUUAUCAGCCCGACCACACCAUCCUCCGGUGCACACAGUCGCCUGGGGGGUGCUCCCGGGGCCCACCUGAUCCCUGGACUUGCCCCUGCUCACUGCAUGGAGCCUGGGAAGAACCCCGGAGGCCUGGUGGGACUGCUGGGCCCCCCUCCCAAAGUGGACAGGGGUCACAAGAGGAUCAAAGCGGAAAAUGGUUCCUCUGUCUUUGUGGUGCCCUACCCCAUAUUGGCUCCAGGCCAUGAGCAGUCCUGCGUCACCAUCACAGCCAAAGAAGGAAGAACGUACAGGUGCAAAGUGUGUCCCAUGACCUACAUCUCAAAGUCAGAUAUGCAGUUGCACUCAAAGACCCACACUGAAGCCAAACCACAUAAGUGUCCGCACUGCUCCAAAACCUUCGCCAACGCCUCGUACCUGGCCCAGCACCUGCGGAUCCACCUGGGCGUCAAACCGUACCGCUGCUCCUACUGCGAGAAGUGUUUUCGCCAGCUCUCACACUUGCAGCAACACACCAGGAUCCACACAGGAGACCGGCCGUACAAAUGCAUACAUCCAGGCUGCGGCAAAGCGUUCACGCAGCUGUCUAAUCUCCAGUCGCAUCAGAGACAGCACAACAAAGACAAGCCCUUCAAAUGUGCCAACUGUUACCGUGCCUACUCGGACUCCGCCUCUCUGCAGAUCCAUCUGUCUGCCCAUGCCAUCAAGAACGCCAAAGCCUACUGCUGCAGCAUGUGUGGCCGAGCGUACACCUCAGAGACAUAUCUUAUGAAGCACAUGACGAAGCAUACGAUGGUGGAGCACUUAGUUUCUCAUCAUCACUCUCCCAUUCACCGGACCGAGUCUCCCUCCAUUCCCAUUCGCAUCGCACUGAUCUGA